AUGCCACGUAAGCUACGUAAGAAUAUACGUAAGAGGAAGAGAGCAUUGAAACAUCCAAUAGUAAAACUGACACCACAACAACAGUUGCAACAACAAAUGAUGAAUGACCCCACUAUGUUGCAACAAAUGUCAAGCAACCCUAUGCUUUUAAACAGAGUUAUUGGUGCACAGAGUGGAGGUUUAAGAGCGGCACUUUUAGCGAAAAUGGCAGGCUAUGGUGGAGCUGCAGACGGAACAGCUUAUAACCCUCAAAGUCAAAUGAAUUUGAGUUCACUCAAAAAUCAAAUAACAGAUGUCAAAAAGUCAAACAUAGACAUACAGAAACAAAUAAGUGAAAACGAAAAGAAACUAGAAUAUGACAGACACACAAAGAAACUAAAUGAGUUAAACGUAGAGAAAAAGAAGAAAGAAGAACAACUGAAAGAACUAAGUACAGAGGAAUAUGCGAAAAAAGUGUCAGAAAAAGCAGCAGAAGUAGCAAAAAUGGAACAAGAUGUUAUAAAUUUGAAAAACCAUACUACUCAAUAUAAAGUACUGAAAGAUGAAGAGAUAAAACAAAAAGCCCUGAAGACAUAUAUGGAUAGCGAUGAGUAUAAAAAAGAAGUUGAAGCAAAUGUAAAGGCAAAAAACUUUUACA